AACAACCACAGGAGCGAAUCCCCCUCCACUCGAUAGCAAGUUCCAACCUUCCUAUCAACAAAUCCCCCUUUGGCAGCAUAUUCUCCAUCACCUCGCCAGCAAUGUCAACUCUCACCGCUCUGGAGAUGGCUAUCGAAGCCGAGGCAUUUAUUCACCAGCGUUACGGUGGGAUCUCGUUCCACGAGUAUCUCCCCUUGCUCACCGAUGGGACUUUUUGCUUUGAGGGAUCGGACGGAGCUCAGCUCCAGGUUUCCCAUAUGCUUCCUACCAAGUGGAAACCUACCCCCGAGCCGCUCAGGGUUUCUUUCAAUCCGUCCCCCCAUACCAUCGUCGGGACUCAUCUCACUCUUCAUGACCGCCCUGUCUACAAGCUUAGCGAUGGGUCCAUUCUUGUCGUUUCCGACCCCACCACUAGCCCCACCAGUUUCCAGCUCACGGAUAUCACUUUCGAUGAUCCUCAGCAUGAAGUCACUAAUGAAAACCGUUUUUUGCGCUUUUUCAUCAAGGCUGGUCAAGACCUCUCAUCUCAUGAGAUCAGUGUUCGCAAAAUUCAGGAGAAGGGUAUCAAGCGCCCUGCCAAUGCGUAAGUACAACUCUACCAACCUACAAGCUUCAUACGCUCAUGCAGUCACAGAUUCAUUUUGUUCCGGACCGAGAGGAUGGGUUCCAUCAAAUCCCAAUAUCCGGGGAUUGGAAACAAUGACAUCUGUAUGUAGUUCUCAUUCCCUCUUAUUAAAACUUCAUUCCUAGUAUCACCUUCACUAAUAGUUUCGAUAGCCAAAAUUCUUGGUCGUAUGUGGCGGGAUUCCCCGGACGAGGCGAAGGAAGUGUAUAAGGUAUAGCAUCUCACUCAACUACUAGUUGACCUGGCUAACAAAUUAAUAGGCAAAGGCCCGUCAACUCGCGAUCUCCCACAAGUUGAUCUACCCGAACUACAAAUACACCCCGCGCCGUCCUUAUGAAAUUUUAAGGCGAUUGAAUGGGAAUGUAGAUCCUGAGAUCGUAAACGAACCCGGAAAUACGGUUGCAAAUGACCUUGGGGCGCUCACCCAAAGGUUUAUCGCCCAUCCGACCGCCGCCACUCUCAAUGAAAUUAUCGCGGAGGCAGGGCAGAUCAUGAGCGCCCUUGGCUAUACUGAGUAAGCCACCUCGGCAGAGGGGCUUGUGUGUUCCUUGGGUGAUAUUCUUUUAAUGGGAGGGAGGGUUGUGUCUGUUC